AUGACGACUCCAGGACGGACCCACAUUCCAUGGCAAACCCAACCUGCUCAAAUCCAGGAAUUGAUUAGUUAUAUCGACGUUCUCGAGGCCAAUGUCUCGUAUCUCCAAUACCACCAUGAACACUGCGAUACAUGGGUAGCCAGACCUCCCCUAGCAGGUGCGAACUCGCCAUAUCUUCCGCUUGACUUUGUUAUCAACGAUGAAAGCCGAGCCUCCCCAGAUAUGUCAUCUCCGACCGUAGCCCCAUGCACAUGCGUAUCACUUACAACUGCGCAACCAUCUACCAAAAAAGUUGAGGGCAAUCCCUGCUGGAAGCAAAUCGCUGAUCAAAUAACCAAAGGGUGGGACAAACCCAACAGCUGGACGGAGAAACGGGAAGCUAUUGGACUUGACUCAGUCAAGCAGAACAACUAUGCUCUGACAGCCAUUCUAGGCUUGAAGAAAGACCUCCCUGUCCAUCUUGCACGAGACGAGUUUCCAUCAUCUGCACCAAGAAACUGUAUCAAUGCAAUCGACGCUUUGGUAAUAUCGGCUCGGCAAUAUGCCUUGGACUCCAAAGCCUCCCAGAGAAGUUCUGGCCUCGUUGUACAGGUGCACAUCUUCCGCGAACUGAUCUUCGUAUCCUUGUGUGUUGUGCUGGAGCAACAUGGCCUUCCAAUCGAUACUAUCGAUAGCCUAAUGCGAAUCUGCAUGUCAAACUCUGGAUCGACAAAUUUGUAUCGGUUGAGGCGUGGCGCGCUUUGGGUCAAUCGUGUGAUCUCAGGUACUAUGAUGAAGAAAAUGGGGUUGGGCCAUGGAUCUACCGAAUUCUUCUUCCUCUCCGGGAGGCCGGUAUCACAAUACGGUUUGCUGUGGGAGGCAUGCGUGCAUUCCUUGCCAUAUCUGAGCAACCGACUUGCCCAAAUCAGCUGCACGGUUAAAGUUCCUGCGGCUAACCCGGAUUGGAUCCCUUUCUCAAUACUACUGAUUAUCAAACAUCUUGUUGGUAAUGCAUUAACGCUGGAGCAAAUCUGCACCUCUUUGGAUUAUAACAUAGGAAUGAUUUGA